AUGGCCAGCCGUCGAACUCGUGAAACUCCGGCAGAUGCAGCGGCACAUUCAACUGCUGAAAAGCCUCCCGUUGAUUCCGAUGUGACACCUGCAGUUCCCACACAUGUGAUCCUGAAGCUAUUAGGGUUCUCCGUGGCGAUGGUCUCGACCCCCCUUGGCAUGUACUUCGCCAUGAGUGCCUUCGGCAUGAGCUCAACAUUCUCGGGUAUUUCUGCUGCGAUCAUGGCCAAUGUCAUCUUGUUCUUGUACAUCUACGUGGCAUGGCAGGAGGACCAAGAGGAGAGAGAAGCCCUGGCCGCCAAAAAGGCGAAGAAGGCGCAGUGA